AUUUAUUAUACGACGUUUUCGACGAAGUAGCGCCGAUAUCUCAAUUUCCCUGGAUCGAACACUGGGGUGUAUCGACAUUAAGUAUGGUUGAUGCGCCAUCAUUAUCUGCUACAGUACUCUUGGAUAAGCACAGGGUAGAGAAUCGAUUGACCAGCCUCGAGAUCACAUUGUCUUUGAAUAGCUUGGCUCUUAGAGCGGCAAGCGUUGGUAAAUGGAUGCAUCUGUUAUUGUGUGAGAGCCCACUACUGGAACACUUUAAGGCACCAGAAGUCGAUCUCCCGCUACAUCUACUAUACGUGACCAAAGCUUUAUCCACCAAACCCUCCUUUAGCAGUCGUGAGGGAGACGAUUUUCUUGUACCUCCAGUCCCUCGACAAGUAUGGGGUUGCCGAAGGCUUAAAACACUGCAUAUCAGGGUCGAUGAGUCGUUUAACUCUGGAAUAAGUGAUUUAGAGGAACAAAUCCGCGUCUUCUAUGGCUAUAUCAGUAGAGUCUGUCCAUAUUUGGAGGACCUUGCAAUCAAGAGAUUCCACAGUCUACCUCAACAAAACUUUGCUGUCAACAUGUGCUUACUGUCGCGUCUGAAGCGUUUGCGAACGUUGCAGCUCGUAGGUAUUUUGCAUUUACGUGAGCAGGAUAUCGACUGGAUCAAACAAACAUAUUAUUAUAGUACGAAGGAACAGAUGAAAUUGGAGCUUGGGUGGGAAUUACAAAAAGAUCAACGGCCUUCUUUUGCCAAAUCUCUCGUAAAACAGUAAGGAAUAUCAUGUAUCCUCAUUACUUGGGUCGACGUCAAUGAU